GUUAGAGAGUGGGAGAGGGGACACUUAGCUCUGCAGUCACCUGGACUCCGGACAAUGAGGGAUUUGCACUGAGCAGGCACUCUGUUAGGCUCCUCAACAAGCUCCCAAAUGAAUUCAGGAGGAACAGAGUCUGGUGGAGGUGUUCCUCGAGGCUGGAACGGUGGAUUUACCUCUCCUAGCAUGGAGGAAAAUUUCUAUCCUUUCUUAUUGGAGCGACGUACCUCCUACAUUGGAGAGGAAGAGGAAGAGCAAGGAGAAGAGGACUUGAGCCUGGCCCUGGAAAGAAAGGACAAGGACCUUCUGCUGGCCGCGGAGUUGGGCAAGGCCCUACUGGAGCGAAAUGAUCAACUGGAGCGGGAGAGAGAGGCAAUCGAGGAGGAAUUGAGGGAGACGCAAGAGCGAUUGGAACAAGAAAAACACGCAAUGCGUCUGAAAAUGGACGUUCAGGAGAGUGAAUGGAGAGCACAAAUCACAGAUCUCGAGACAGACCUUGCUGAAUCCAGAAUGCAGAUGAGACAGUUCAUGACAGAACAACGAGAGUGUGGCCGAGAAACAGCCAGUGCAGUGCACGAGCUUUCAGAUCAAAACCAGAGACUGCUGGAGCAGAUAGCACAGGCUUCACAUUUGGAGCAGUCUCUAACAGCUGAGAUUCAGUCUUUAAGAAACGAGAACCGAGAAUUAACUCUGAGCCGAGGACACUUCACUCCCUGUUUGCAGAGCCUACAGAGUGAGAAUGCUCUGCUGGUGGACAAGAAGAGAGAGCUGGAGUCUCAGAUUAAACAGCUACGAGAGCAGUAUGAGAAUGCCCAAAAUACAGUGUUUACCCUCAAAGAAACAACCCUGCAUUUGGAGAGAGAGAAAAGAGAAAAUGAAAUGAAGAUGCAGCAGUUACAGCAUCAGCUGCAGGAACUCAGAGACAGUCAGAGAACAUUGCAGAUUCAGCUGAGAGAGCUGCAAGAUGAGCAGCACAUAAGAGACUGUCAGCACUCUAUGGAAGACAGUCAUUACUCUCUGCACUCCGAGAUCCAGCAGAGUACGGCAGACCACGACCAUGAGUUUGGGGAUUCCCCUGAUGGGAUCUCUACCUCUACGGAUGGUCAACUGGAGAUGUAUCUCGUCCAAAGAGAAGGAGACAUAGUUAAAGAACGAGAGGAAGAGGUCGCUCAACUACAGAAUCAGGUGAUUUUACAAUAUGCAGAACUUGAAUCACUCCGUGAGGAGCUGCAUCGGCUCCGAGAUGGAUCCCAGCAGACUGACACUGAUGCGGUUGUAAGGCAGGCGGUGUGUGACCGUGAUGAAGCCAUACUGAAGAAGGGGGAGCUGGAGAUGGAAUUGGCAAAGUGUUGUCAGGAGAAGGAGUCCCUGAGCCGCCAGUUACUAAGCGCCGUUCAACAGAAAGUAAUGCUGAGCCAGGAGUUGGAGGCAUGGCAGGAUGACAUGCAACUGGUAAUUAACCAGCAGCUGAAGAUCCAGCGCGUACAAGAGGCCCAGCGCGACACUGAAGCAUCUCCACUGACCCCAGGGCGAAGAGAGAGUACAAGGCGACCCCGGGACUCCGGAGGCGGAAUAUUUUCAUUCUUAAAGAGGAUGUAAUGGGAGGAAGAAAUAUCUGCCCCAAAUGAGACAAUAUCAGGACUUUGCCCUGUAAUGGGAGGGGCAGACUCCUCAUCACCCAGCAGUGGGAGGAACAGAGUGUAUCACCCAGCAGUGAGAGGAACAGAGUGUAUCACCCAGCAGUGGGAGGAGCAAUGUGUAUCACCCAGCAGUGAGAGGAACAGAGUGUAUCACCCAGCAGUGGGAGGAGCAAUGUGUAUCACCCAGCAGUAGGAGGAGCAAUGUGUAUCACCCAGCAGUGGGAGGAGCAAUGUGUAUCAUCCAGCAGUGGGAGGAGCAAUGUGUAUCACCCAGCAGUGGGAGGAACAGAGUGUAUCACCCAGCAGUGGGAGGAACAGAGUGUAUCACCCAGCAGUGGGAGGAGCAAUGUGUAUCACCUAGCAGUGGGAGGAGCAAUGUGUAUCACCCAGCAGUAGGUUGAGAAGACUAUGACACCCUGCGGUGGGAAAAAUCUGUGUCAUCCUUCUGUGGGCGGAACAGACUCUGUGUCACCCUGCUGUGGGCGGAGCAGACUCUGUCACCCUGCGGUGGGAAGAGCAGACUGUCACCCUGCGGUGGGUGGAGCAACUCUGUGUCACACUGUGGUGGGAGGAGCAGACUGUGUCACCCUACAGUGGGCACAGCAGACUCCGUG